AAUGAGCCUCAGCAGAAUGAGGAGCUGAUCUUGAAAUCUUUACCGCCAGCACCAUCACCGAACUUAGAGAAGGCAGAGUUAGGAGGAGCUAAACAAGAGAAUAUAGCUGCAACAAAGGGAGUAGAUGAUGCUAAUAAGAGUCCCAGAGCAAUCCCAAGAACCCAAAAUAGGCCUCCCGUCAGUAAUCCAGAAGUAGUAAAGAUCCAGGCCUGGUGGCGGGGCACCCUGGUGCACAGCACACUGCUGCACGCGGCUCUCAGAGUGUGGAUCAUUCAGGGCUGGUGGAGGCAUAAGUUGGUGAAGCUGCAUGAGAACAGGCGGCAGACAGCUCUGGAGAACUUUACACGGAAGGAGUGGGUGGCAGUCAGGCUGCAGUCCUGGGUCCGCAUGUGGCGCAUCUGUUGGUGCUACUGCCGUAUGCUCAACGCUGCCCGCAUCAUCCAGGCCUACUGGAGAUGCCACUCCUGCGCUUCCCAGGGUUUCAUCAAGGGCCACUACAGAGUCACGGCCAACCAGCUACAUCUCGAACUCGAGAUCUUGCUGGGCUCAGGGCCUUGCAUUGUGACGGAGUGUAUUCCCCUUCCAAUAAAGCAGUGAAGUGGUCCUUCCCCAGCCUCUCUCUGCUUGAUAAGCUCCAGGAGGUCAGGGCCAAUGAUGGCAAAUAGUUAGCAUCUCAUAUGCUAGCUCUGAGGAAUUGGCAGGGGUUGUCUGAGGAGGAGGAUUUUGAGCCACUGUCCAGACUGAACAGAGACUGUGAUUGAUUAACAACGUCUGACAUAGGUAGAAAAGUUGGGGGUACAGAUCUGCCAUGUUGCCAACUCAGGGAGCAUCACUCAUGUUCAGUCUAUGGAAACGGUGCCUCUCCCCAAGGCUGUGUAUAAUGGAAUCCUGGAGCAGGGGUGGGGUUGUUGCACACAGCAGCACUUCUGCCAGGAAUUCACUCACCAGGUCUAGUUGCUCUGGGAGUGAUCUCCCAUCCCCAUGGCUGAGAGGAGCACACCCACCCCAAUCUCUUGAUCCUGGCUCCUGCUGGUUUGUAAACUGGCCCCUGUACAUGGAGGGCAAGAAAAGACUGAAGAAAGAGGAAGACUACACCAGAUUAGGUUUAGUAAGCAAGGGAACUUAUUUACAAGACUUGUCUUGGGCGGCCACAGACAAGUAGAUCUCCGUACUUGCUUGCCAGACUCUUGAAAGUUGAUAUAGAGGCCUUAAUGAGGUUCAGCCACAUAUACCAUCCAGAUGUUCUUGAGAACACAUUACUCUCUCAAGGCUGAAUCCCUGAAAAUGCCUCCCACUGUGGGAAUGGCAGGCAGAACAUACAUUCCAAGGACAGGGGAGGGGGUGAGGGGCAUCUAAUUACCUGGGUCUAGCUUGUGAGUCCAGCUGGCGGUCACAUCCUUUCAGUG